AUGAAAGGACUACCGAUUAGGGAACCACACCUCCCUGUACUUCGACAAUUUGGUGGCAUCCGUGGAACAUCGCGUCAAUCUCGCCAACGUCAACGUCGAGGAUUCAUCCCUUGGCAAAUGGGAUAUGACCACAAAAGUUACUUCCCCCUUCAAAACUUGGAAAUUGUAAUGCCCACGUCAACGUCAAAACCUAACGAAAAUCGUCAAGAAGAGCAACAACCUCGUCAAAUUCAUGUAAUCACCGAAGCAACGCGUCAACAAAUCAUCACCAAACUUGACAAGACAAGAGACGAAAUCAACGACGUCAUUAAACUUGUUCAACAACUGGCACCUUCUGAGCAACCUUCAACCUCAUGGAGUUGGAAUGGAGGAAAGCAGUAA